AUGGAGGUGGGUGCUAAGGCGAACGAGGGCUCGGGUGAUGGGAGCAUACAGGCUAUCGCCAUGAAGGUGGGUGCUCGUGGGAACGAUGGUGGGGAGUACAGCUACCGUCGAAGGGUGGCUCGUGCUGCGACCGAGUCGAUCGUUGUUGACGUCGGCCUCGGACGAGCCGUGCUGCUGCAGCGGCCUGUGCGUCGACGUACGUACGCCGUAGCUGACAUAGAGAAGCUCCAAGCCAAGCAAGUGAAGGCCCGAUACAACACGUACAGCCCAAGAUGCUACAAGCACAAGGAGACCGGCUGUGUGUCCGAGAGCAAGCGGAUGGGCGCGAGAGCAUACUCUAUGACCAUUGUCCGCCUACUCGAAGACAGUAACGCUGACUGCAGCAGGACCAGGUAUUUCUUGUUCCUCUUCUACCCUGCACCACAGGAGACGGUAGUGUGUGAGAGCAAGCGAUGGGAGAGCAGUACUAUGACCAUUGUGCCCUACUCGAAGACAGUAACGCUGACUGAGCAGGACCAGGGUAUUCUGUCCUUCUACCCUGCACCACAGGCUUCCAAGUUUGUGGUGACACAGUCUGUGAUGGAGAAGGCACUGACCAAAAACAACUACACGACACGCAUGCACGACUUAUUAUACAUUGAGGAGAUGGCCCAGUAUAGCAGCAUUGCCAGGUACAACGUGACGACGAAGCUGCAGAUCAUUAACCGCUACCUGCUGAUGCCGUCGACCGUAUCGACGGCGAAGUACGCGCAGGGAGGCGAGUUGUUCGCUCGCAUGAAGCUCAUCGCUGAGAUCUCGGAGGACACGGCCGCGGGCCGGCUGCUGCUCAACAACGUGCAGACAGUCGUGCUAGCGCCGCUCAGCCCUGACGGCAAGCCCAAGGAUAACAAGGUGUACGAGGUGAAGGUCGAAGACAAGGGCAAGAGCUUCAUCUUCCUGCGGCAGCCUCCGCACGCCGUCACUGAGCUCGGCUUGCGCGCAGACACGGACCUGCUCGCGGAGGUGCAGUUUUCGCUCAACCGGCUGCCGCUGUGUGAGAUGCACCACGCCGUCGAUAAGCUGCCGGACAUGAACAUGGUGUUCCCUGACCUGCGCAGCCUGCCGAGCAUUCCCUGGACGCCGUCCAAGCAGUGGAGUGAUAAACUUGACAGCCGGCUCAACGCGAAGCAGAAGGAGGCGAUCGUCGCCAUGACGACGGCGAUCAACCACAAGCUGCCGCCGAUCCUGCUCGUCGGGCCGUUUGGCACGGGCAAGACGUUCACGCUCGCGCAGGCCAUCAAACAGAUAGCUCAGCAGGAGGGAACGCGCGUGCUCGUGUGCACGCACUCCAACAGCGCUGCCGAUCUCUACAUCAAGGACUACCUGCAUUCAUUCGUAGAGCAGGGAUUAACCGAAGCGAAGCCACUGCGAGUCUACUACAGGCAGCGCUGGGUGCAGACAGUGAACCCGACCGUGCAGCGAUACUGCCUCGUUACCGAGAAGGGUGACGGCUUCAACACGCCGACGAAGGAGGACAUCCUCAAGCACCGCGUCAUCGUCGUCACGCUCUCCACGAGCCGAUCGCUCACCGACCUCGGCCUAGACACGGGUACGAAGCUGUGGAUGACGUUUCUGGAGCUGUGUGAGGCGGCGGGGAGCCUGCACGGCAUGACGUGGUCGUCGCUGCGCUCACAGCUGGACGGGGUGGAGCUGCGUCGCACGUACACGCUCAACCCCCUCGCGCCCGAGUUCAUACCGAACCGACUACGCCACGGUGAACCCUACAUACGCAUCAACCCCUACCUACAGGCAAGCAAGUUCCGUUGCGAUCUUCCCAGCACUGUGCGGCACGCGGCACACAUGUUCGUAUCGGCAAGCCCUCACGAGUGCGACUUUGGCUUCCUCUCCAACGCGAAGCUGCUCAAACACAGCGAUCACAUGCGCGCGGGCGUCACUCGUCUGGCCGUCGUAGGACGACCCCGUCUCACUCUGCUCCGUCGGUCGCACGCGGCCAUCAUCACGUUCGCCUCCCAGGUGUUCUACAACAACAAGCUCGUCGCCAGCGGCAACGUGGAGAAGCACAGCAACUUGCACCCGCUCUCGUUCUUCUGCGCGAUGGGUCAGGACGUGCAGGACCAGAACAGCACGACCUUCUACAACAACGCCGAGGUGUAUGAGAUCGUGGAGAGGGUAGCCGAGCUGCAGAAGAACUGGCCCAAGUCGUGGGGUCGGCAGGACGAGAACAGCAUCGGCGUGGUGACGCCGUACGCUGACCAGGUGUACCGAAUCCGCGCCGAGCUGCGCAAACACCGCAUGUUCGGCGUCUGCGUCGAGCGCGUGCUCAACGUGCAAGGCAAGCAGUUCCGUGCGAUCUUCCUCAGCACUGUGCGACACGACCGGGCAUCACAUGUCGCGAUCUGGCAGCCCUACGAGUGCGACUUUGGCUUCCUCUCCAACGCGAAGCUGCUCAACACAGCGAUCACGCGCGCGCAGUCGCUCGUCGCCGUCGUAGGCGACCCCGUCUCACUCUGCUCCGUCGGCAAGUGCAGGUAA